ACAGGCAUUCUUUCUUCUCUUGUCCCCUUUUGUCACAGUCUCGCUUCUCCUGGCCACACACGGUCCUCGCUAUCUUCUAGUUAUUCCAAAACCUCCAGCUUCAUCUUAUGGUCUAAACCCCAGAGGCCCAGUGGAGCUUCCAGCUCAUACUACACUCCCAUGGAUCCACUCCAGAAAUGGGAACCAGCGUUGAUUUCCAGGUCUGCCCAGACGACCUCUGCAGCCGCCUCCCAGAAGGGCACGGGGGCCUCUCAGCCUUUCUCCUCAGAACAGCUCUUCAGUGAGCUGAGUGCCAGGGCUGACUCUAUCGCCCAUGCUCCUCUGCCAGAAGGGCCCCUCCAGCAGGAAUACAGGAAGGAGAAGAGCCUGCAGGAGCAGCGCUGGGAAAGGCUGGGAUUCUCUCAGAGGAAGAAGGCAUUCCUGGGCCACCUGAGACGCAGGCACCAUGAUCACAUGGCACCUUACCCAGUCGAAAGGGACACCAGAGUCUCUCCCUCCGGUGACAGAGCUCAGAAUCUGUUCCGAUGUAAAUGUCGAUACUGCCAGGGCCACGGGUCUACUAUUGCUGAGAUCACUGGGGAGAGAAAUGGGGCCCCCAAUCCUUCUUUCUGGGAAAUGCUAGUGCAGGGCCUCAGUGGCUUGACCCUCAGCCUGGGCGCCAACCGGCCAGGCCUUCUGCCUGAGGGGGCACAGCAGCAGCAGCAGCAGGAGCCUGAGGAGAAGUGCCAACUGGAGGGGCAGGAGGAGAGCAAGAGGAUGUUCCAGAGGCUGCUCAAGCAGUGGUUGGAAGAAAACUGAGACCCAACAUAGACAGACAGUGCUGUGUUGCCAGCUCCUAGGUGUGGGCUCCUCUGGGGAACCAAACAGUGAGCUGUCCUCGCAGGAUUCCCAAAAUCUGCAUUAUGAUUGGAAUCCUCCCAGC